AACAGUGAUUUUAAAGGAAACGCAGUCAGUCGGUCGCUGAUCCAUCUUACAAGAAACAUGUGGAUAGUACUUCUUCUUGUCACGUUUGCAGCCGCGAAUCCUCUCACGCCGAAAAUAAUUGGCGGGACUUCAACGACGAUCGAGAAGUAUCCGUAUCAGGUGUCUGUCCACUUUAAUGGGAAGUUUAUAUGCGGAGGUUCCAUAAUCAGCUCGGACUGGGUGCUAACGGCGGCGCAUUGUGUCUAUGGACGUGCACCCUCGGCUUUCCGAAUUCGCGCCAAGAGUACCUACAAUAACCAAGCUGGCACCGAGAUCACCGGCAUACGGAAGAUCAUUCCUCACGAACUGUACGAUGACGACACAUUCGAGUACGAUGUUGCUCUCAUAAAGCUGCCAACACCGAUAGUGCUGGACGGUAAUGCAAAAGCAAUCGCGUUGGCGUCUUCGAACAGCGCGGUGCAGACAGGAAGUGCCGCCGUGGUGACAGGAUGGGGCUACACGACGGUUGGUGGCUCUGCAGCGAGUAACUUGCAAACCCUGACGGCUCCUGUCGUUGAUCAAGACACUUGCAGGAAGAUCUUCGCUCCUCAGCACAAGGAAGUGACGAAGGCUAUGCUGUGCGCCGGUAGUUUGAACGGCGGCAAAGGCAGUUGUCAGGGAGACUCGGGCGGGCCUCUGGUACUCAACGGCGUUCAAAUUGGCGUUGUAUCCUGGGGCGCUAUCGAAUGCGCGAGACAAGGAUAUCCUGGAGUAUACACGCGAGUGUCCGAGGUACGAUCUUGGAUAGACGCAAAGCAGAAAUUCCUUCGGCAAGUUCCCGCCAUGUAUACCUUCCUCCUGUUUCUGUGGUCGCCGUUCGUGCCAGUCGCGUUGUCGCAGUUCUUUUUACUGCAUCUCGAUGACGAGAGUCGCAUUGUUGGAGGCCAGCCAGCAUAUAUCGAUGAUCAUCCGUACCAGGUGUCCCUCCGAUAUAACAAUCGUCACGUAUGCGGUGGCGCUAUCAUUAGCGAGGAAUGGGUCGUUACCGCCGCGCACUGUGUCCAGAGAGCCUUCGCUCCAUUAAUUUCGAUAAAGGCCGGCACUUCCGACCUGAAGGAGGGUGGAAUAGUCGUCGACGCUGAAGAAGUCAUUACCCACGAGAUGUACGAUCCCAGGGACUCUGAUUACGAUAUAGCUCUAAUUCGGUUGAAAAAGCCGCUGGUCUACGGGGGCCGAGUACGGCCGAUCCUCCUGGCACCGGUCGCUGAUCAUUACCAAGCUGGCACCAAGGCGGUGGUGACUGGCUGGGGAGCGUCGAAGAGCAACGGCCGAGUGACCAACCAGUUACGUAAAGUCGAGGUGCCCCUCGUUUCUAAUACCGAGUGCGCCCAGCUCUACGGCACCCGGCCGAUCACGAGGAGAAUGAUCUGCGCCGGUUAUGUAAAUCUGGGCGGGAAGGACGCGUGCCAGGGUGACAGCGGCGGACCAAUGGUGCAAUACGGGAAAUUAAUCGGGAUCGUGUCAUGGGGUAUCGGGUGCGCGCGCCCAUCUUACCCGGGCGUGUACACGCGCGUUACAGUUCUUCGCAGCUGGAUUACAGAGAACACUGGUUUGUGA